GUGCAAGCAAUCGAACGAGUGGCAGCAUGGCGCGCCGAGGACAGCUCCGGUGGUUCUCGACCUACAUGAUGCUGGCCUGCGCGCUCCUCCUCCAGCGCAUCCUCGCCCAAGAAGAGUCCAAGGAAGCCAAGGGAGCCAAGGGCUCGCAUGAGGCGACCGAGGCCAGUCAUGAAGACGAGGCAACCGAAGCCUACUACACGGCUAUCGCCUCGGUGGUCACGAUCACUGCGCUCAUCUUCAUGUCCAUCGUCUUUGAGACCGCCUCGGAGCACCUCAAGGAGUCGACGGAAGAGACCAACAUGCCGUUCAUCAGCACCAUCUUUAGCGAGCUCACAACGCUGGGCUUUAUUGGCUCGGUGCUCUUCGUCGUCUCCAAGUCGGGGUACCUCGAAAAGGCGUCCGUGGUGCUCUUUGGCGAGGACAAGAAGGAAGAGCUUCAAGAGACUGUCGAGAUGCUUCAUAUGGCGCUCUUCCUCUUUGUGAUCAUCUUCCUUCUUCUCUGCAUCGUCUUGCUCAAGCUCGGUACCGGUGUGCAAAACGAAUGGCGCGAGUUUGAACGCCGGUCCCCGUACCUCCCGGUGGUCGUCUCAGAUUUCUGCCUCGCUACCGAGCCCCCGACGUCAUUUUGGGAAAAAUUCAACUACCGGCGGCUCCUCGAAGGGUCCAAACGGCGCCGCGAGAUGGUCUACCUCAGCCUCCGCCGGCGGUUUGUGGACGUACGCUCCAACCACCCAGACCCGUUGCGCUGCAAGGAGAUGGAAAAGGAAUAUCAAGUGAACCAAAACAUUCGGUUUCCGUUCAACGAAUACCUCUCGAUCAUUUCCGGCGAAGUCAUGGCGCGCCUCAUCGAGAUUGACGUCAUUACGUGGGUCGCGCUCGAGGUCUUUAUCGUGUGCAUGCUCUUUGUAUGCUGGCAAGUCGGCCCCGAGCACGAAGUCUAUGUGCUCGUCGCGUGCGGCAUCCUCCUCAUCUUCCUCAAUCAAGUUGUGUACGGCCGCGUGCGCAACAUGCGCAAGCUCCUCACACCGCCCAAGCUCUUUCGCAAGGCCGAGCGCCGCCGCUUGCAGCCGGAUUGGCGCCGCCAGAACCAACUCGUGCCAGCCCAGCCGCUCUCGUCGCCGACCGAGAAAUCUCCACUGCUACUGGCUUCGUCGUCGUCGUGGGAAAAGGUCCCGUCCGACUCGAACCCGCCGUACUUGGCGAUGCUGCCCAACGGCGGCAUGGACAUGGACUACAACGAUCUUACGAACGCACAAAAGAAGCUGCUCGGUGGCGGCAACGGCGUGCUCCUCGCCAUGUUUUCGACGCGCAUGGUGUUCCUCCUGACCGCGCUCCACCUCUCGGUGUUUCUGGUGCGCACGAUGGGCCAGAUCCACACCAGCAGUGUGUAUCCGUGGUGGGAAAAGGUCAUCUUGUACGUGCUGCUCGCGCUCCCGAGCUGCAUGGUGACGUCCAUGUCGACCAUCAUUGCGCGUGACGGUCUCUACUCGUUCAACGUCGAGCACAUGAAAGUGCCGCGGGUGAUCAACAAGGUCAUGCGCAUUCUGAAGGCGCGGUCGACGCUGCGCACGCUGCGGUUCAUUGCGGAGAUGAAGGUCUACCUCCGUGAAGACCACAAGAAGAACAACCCGCACCUCACGCACGACGACGAGGGCCCGAGCCACCAUAUCGUUAUGGGCAGCAAGCGCGGGUCCUUGGACGGCAUCUCGUUCCAUGCCGAGACCCAGCGACUCGUCGAGUCCCCGACCAAGAACAAGACAUCCGAAGCGCUGAGCAAGCACAAGCACGAAUCGCCGAGCGUGCGCAUGCAGUACGAGCUGCCCAUGUCGCCACUGAGCGAGCCGCCGACGCCCAAGCGCAAGCUGAGUACCGAGACUAACCUGCGCCACGACAAGCAUUCACACAAGGACAAGUACGAAGAGGAGCUCGAACGCCGCGAGAUUGGCGCGAUCUUUGAGCUCUUUGAUCGUGACGUAUCCGGAUCGAUCUCGCGCAAUGAGAUGCAGACGUUGCUGCAAGCGAUCUCGUCCGACAUGACAAUGGACCAGAUCAAUCGCAUCAUGAUCGAGCUCGAUGAAAACCACACGGGCGAAGUGCAGUUUGAAGCGUUCUACAACUGGUGCCGUAGCCGCAUCCACGAGCACUCGUCGUCGUUCUCCAAGCACGAGUUGAUCCACGAAGUCUUCAACAUGAUCGACACGGACCGCAGCGGCUUUAUCACUGUCGACGAAUUCAUUUCGAUUUUCAGCAAACUCGGGCAGUCGCUCGACCACGACGACGUGCGCGAACUCAUUUACCAAAUGGACAGCAACGACGACGGCAAGAUCGACCUCGAGGAAUUUUCCAAAAUGCUGCACAAGCACGCCGUAUAAGGCGACAAAUGCACACUAGUACAUUGCUUUCUUUGAGUCCCAACGGCUUUGACUCACCUCA